AUGCAGAUAUGCCCACAAAAGUGCAUGCCUACUUGCAUAGCUCAAGAUUGGCCACUUUUUUUAUGUGAGAAGGAAUGUGAACGAACGUGUACUCAUACAUCCGUAACAUCGCCCAUGCCAUCCUAUCAGCCAGAAAGUGCACAGCCAAUGCAAAUGAUGAACUGCAUAGCAAAGUGCAUGCAAAAUUGCGUGGUGAUAUGUCAGCAAUCAAAUAAUUGUAUUUCAAACUGCCAACAGAAUUGCUUGCGGUGUCAAUGGCAGCAGCAACCUGUGUUCACGUCAGUUUCCCUCACGCCGCAGCAUCUAUCCUGCAAUCAGAACUGCCCCACUGUUUGCAUUUCCUCAUGUAUGUCUAGAACAUUCUCAUCACACUUGUGCAUGCCGUUAUGUCAACUAGCGUGUGCACAGGCAUGCAACAUAAAUCAUAAGUCAAUGGUAUCAUCAACUACUCCAAGUUACCAACCAGUGCCAUUUCCGGUUAGCUGUCAAGUACACCAGCAUGAAUUUACCACACAAGGGCAAGUACCGGUGACAGAAUGUUGGCAUCAAUGUUUCAAUAAUUGCUUAAAUGUAUGUGUUAAUUCCGGUCAUCCAGUAAGAGCAUGUGAUUCAAACUGUAAGAUUGAUUGUGAACAAGUUUGCUCACUACCAUCGAAAUCAGAAUCUGUAUCCGUGAUGGAUCAAUCCUCUGUUCAACAAUCAAACAUUCAAAUAACACAACAGAUGUUUGCUCAGUGUAACUCUAAAUGUUGUCAGUCUUGUGUAGCAGUAUGCUUAAACGAUGGUAGAAUACUUCAGCAAUGUGUUCCGUUAUGUCUAAUUAAAUGUGAUACACAAUACCAUAAUGAUGCAUUAAGUACUUCAUUGGAUAAUACCUGCACAUACUUUGUCAAUCCUAUCUAUCAAGUGCUAUAUGCAAAUAGCUAUCAGUGUCAGCAGAUUUGUCAACAUGGUUGCCAGAUAAAUUGUUCCUCGAGCAGCUUAGAAGUAAUGAAGAAUUGCAUAGCUUUAUGUCAUGCUAAUUGCCAGAAGAGAUUGGCUGCUUCAUCUUCACUUUCUUCUAUCUCAAAGAUUCCGACACCAACAGAAGUAUCACUUCAGACAGCUUGUACCGUUGAUUGCAUGCCAAUGUGUUCUUUGUUAUGCAUUAACAUGCAGUUGCAAAUGCUAUCUGUGGUAAGCACGACACCGUUACCAGCGGCAGUUCUAUCAUUGUUACGAAGUUGCAAAACGAAGUGCAUAAGCGAUUGUUUGCAGCAAUGCAUGCAGAUUAAACUUACCAUUGCUAUCUGCCAACCAGCAUGUAAGUUGCAGUGCGGUAAAACUUGCGAUUAA